CUCAGCGAUAGCUCAAAGCACAAGAAAACCCAUGUCUGCAGUGUAAGAGCGGCAGCUUCGGCUGCUGAUCUCACAAAGUCAACCCAAAAAUUUACAGGUUGGCCCAUUUCACCCACCCACGACACACCUCCAGCAUGGCUCCUAAAACACCACGAAACAAAAACAAAUUCGAUGUAUCAACGCCACAGAGCUUGGCACCCGCCACGGGACAUCAUGCAGAUCAAAUUCAAAUCGAGGCCUUUUCCACUGCGUCACACCCAUCUGACGCUCUGGCCAAAAUCCAAGAAGAUGAGCGAGAAGUCUUGAAAGCCAUCUUCAUGGAUGACUAUGAGGAAGUCGAAGCAAAGGGUGCCUGGAGUAAAACCACAGAUCGUAUUAUCCGCCUGAAAUUGCGGUCCUUUUCUGAGGACAAUAUCACGUGUACCUUGUGUGCACAAAUCACCGCUUCAUACCCCAAGUCGCUGCCCAGUCUGACCUUAGAAAACACAAGUAAAUUACGCCACAGAACCCUCCAAAACAUCCAGGCCUUGUUGAGCACGAGACCUAAAGAACUGGUUGGAGAUGUCAUGUUGCAUGAUAUUGCAGCUUCCAUCCAAGAUCUCCUUGAAGAUGAGAUAGCAGUGCGUGAAAAUGAUGGUACUUUUGAGAACCUUGGUGCUGAACGAGCUGUACACGAAGCUACAGCGGCAGAGCUUGCAAAGCAGCAAGAGCAAGAGAUGGCAAAGAAACGUAAUGAAGAGAAGGCCGAGGAAGAGCGUGUUCUACAAGAAAUGGUUAAUGACGAAAUGAGGCGCAAAGAAAAUAUGGCCAAAAGGAGAAGUCGUGGGACAGGCCACACUCCCACUUCCUACUUUCCGAGCAAUAACAGUUUAAGCACCAACCAGGUGUCUUUCGACCGGAAUAUUGAGCUGCACAUCGAUGGGAGAUCCUCCGAAUUCUCUGCCGUGGAAGGGCUCUUACCUUAUAGGAUGGGUAAGGUUACUGAAGAGUUCCUUGUGAGACCUUCAGGGGUUGACCUCGCAACCACGCUUGUGUUGAAGCGCACUCGUGUCAAUUCCAGUGAUGCUUCCGCUAAUGCACAGCUGAAGCGAGCCAUUACCGAAUUUGAAGAAGAGAUGGAGGAGAUCAAAGCCCUCCGUCAAUCCAACAUACUUUCCGUGUUUGAUUUCAAGAUCGAACAGUUUCCUGGCUCUAUCUGGGAGAUCAGUGUACUCGUGGAGCUCGGCAGUAAAGGAUCUCUCGGAGAGAAGUUGGAAGAUGAUGGCCAAAUCGCAGUCGCCAAAGUCAGAUCUUGGACGGUAGAACUCCUAGAGGCUUUGGACUUCUAUCAUAGGAAUGGCGUUGUGCACAAACGCAUUCAUCCUCACAACGUCUUACUACAAAAAUCGUCGACUGGUGGACUCUUCGUGAAACUGGCCGACGCCGGUUUCCAAGAUACAUUGCAUAACCUGAGAAACUUGGGCCAAGGGGAGCAACCAUUUUCUACUUCUAGGUCAGCUUUUUGGAUUGCCCCCGAAUUGGCUCAAGACUCUCGCCAGUCGAGAAAGUCUGAUGUUUGGGAUCUUGGUGUCACUUUCCUCCAAAUGUUAUUUGGUCUAGAUGUACCAGAAAAGAACAAUUCCCCCAAAGAUCUGUCCGAUGCUCGUGGUUGUUCGGAACCUUUACAAGAAAUUCUGCGCAAGUUCUUCAAGCCUGAUUCUAAGAAGCGUCCCUCAGCGUUUGAUUUGAUACCUUGCGAGUUCUUAAGGGAUGACGUUCCCAUAUACGAUCAGCCAAUUUCGCCAUUUCGAUCGAGACAUUCCUCAGUAUCGCUGACAGGGUAUCGCCUACGCCGGGAAUCAUCGGGCGGUAUAGGUGCUGCAUACUCUAGGUACGCUAGCGAUUGGGUUGAACAAGGUCGCCUCGGUAAAGGUGGCUAUGGAGAAGUAGUCAAAGCACGGAACAAAGUCGAUGGCCGCCUCUAUGCCAUCAAAAAGAUAAAACAGAAGUCAGCUUCUGCACUCACUGAAGUACUCUCUGAAGUCAUGCUGCUCUCGCGUUUGAACCAUCAAUGUGUGGUUCGUUAUUACACGGCAUGGCCCGAGGAAGAGUUUUCUCAUCCUUCAGGGACUGAAGAAGAUGAUUCCGGAGCAUCUGAAACGGACGAAUCUGACAUCGAAUCGGAUAUAUCGCCUCGGAACACUGGUGGUGAAGAUUUUCCUCAGAGCACAGGGGGUCUCGAUUUCAUUAGUUCGAGCGGAUACCCAAAGGUUGAAUUUGGUUCUGACGAGGAGUCCGAUAACGAAAAUGAUGGCGCAAUCGUCUUUGGAUCAGAUUCAGAAACCGAAGAAAAUGUCACAAAUCCACGGUCUCCCCUGGCGAAGAGACGCACUGGCUCUAACGCCACUCGCGCUCGGCCGAGCAGGAACAUUCUGUACAUCCAAAUGGAGUUUUGCGAGAAGCAAACUCUUCGCGACUUGAUUCGCAGAGAUUUGUACGACGAUCCAGAGGAGUAUUGGAGACUGUUUCGGCAGACAUUGGAGGGUCUUGCUCAUAUACACAGUCACGGGAUAAUUCACCGUGACCUCAAGCCCGAUAAUAUCUUUAUCGAUGUCGCCAAAAUACCAAAGAUAGGAGAUUUCGGCCUAGCCACCAGUGGUCAAUACCAACGAUCUGAUCGCAAGAAAAACAACAGCUUGCAGAACGAUGGUGACAUGACUAGGAGUAUUGGAACUGCGUUAUAUGUUGCACCAGAGCUACGUUCAGACGUUGUUGGCAACUACAACGACAAGGUAGAUAUGUACUCGAUGGGCAUCAUUUUCUUCGAGAUGUGCUUCCCUCUCAAGACCGCAAUGGAACGAGAUUAUGUCAUACGACAAUUGCGAGAGAGAAAACACUCGCUACCAGAGGAAUUCGAGAAGCCUGAAAAAUCGCGUCAAGGGAGUAUCAUUACUUCUCUGAUCAGUCAUCGUCCAAGUGAGCGACCGAGCUGUGCAGAGCUCUUGAGGAGCGGUCAAGUGCCUGUUCAGAUCGAGCACGAGGCUGUGCAGGAAGCACUCAAGGCUUUGUCGGAUCGCAACUCACCUCACUAUACAAAGAUGAUGGCUGCUUUGUUCUCACAGAAACCUGAUACCCAAGCAAAAGAUCACGCAUGGGACAUGAGUGCUGGGGUCAAUGCUCAGGCGAUGAAAGCUAGCGAUAUUCUUCUCCAAAAUCUGGUGAAAGAGCGACUUGCUGUCAUUUUCCGAGGGCAUGGUGCUGUCGAGGUGCAGCGACAAUUGCUCCUCCCGUGGUCUGAACAUUAUGCAAACAGCCACGUAGUAAAACUGUUUGAUCCAUCUGGUACACUUGUCCAGUUGCCCUAUGAUCUGACGUUGCCGUACGCGCGUAGUAUAGGCCGAGGUGCUUCCUUCUUGGAGAAGACCUUCACGAUCGGUCAUGUGUAUCGAGAUAACUACGGUGGGCCGCCACGUAGCAAUGGUGAGGCUGAUUUCGACAUACUUUCCUAUGAUACGCUAGAUCUAGCGUUGAAAGAGGCUGAAGUUCUCAAAGUCGUUGAUGAAGUGAUCGACGAAUUCCCUUCUCUUUCAUCUGCGCAGAUGUGCUUUCACCUCAACCAUGCCGAUCUCCUGAAUAUCGUUCUCGACUAUUGUAGAAUCAGUAUUCCACAACGCCAUGCAGUCAAGGAGGUUCUAAGUAAGCUGAACAUCAACAAGUUUAACUUCCAAAAGAUCCGUAACGAACUUCGUGCACCCGAGGUCGGUGUGUCAUCGACGUCAUUGGAUGAUCUGGCACGUUUCGAUUGGAGGGACUCCCCGGAAAAAGCAUUCGCAAAACUUCGUCGUAUAUUCGAAGGAACAAAAUAUCUGGACCAGACUCACGCUGUCUUCGCCCACCUGACGUCUGUAGCGGGCUACAUGAAGCAUUGGAGGGUCAAACGGAAAGUUUACAUUAACGUCCUCGGAAGCUUCAACGAGAAAUUCUACAGCGGUGGGAUUUUGUUCCAAUGUCUUUUCGAUGGGAAGCAAAAAGAGGUCCUAGCUGCAGGAGGCAGGUACGACAAACUCAUCGAGGAAUACCGGCCCAAAGGUCCCGGGCAUUCUCAUCCGCCAGCAGCAUAUCAUGGCGUUGGGGUAAAUAUUGGAUGGGAUCGUCUCGUCAACUCCAUGGUGCGCUAUAUCAAAAAACCCGAAAAAGCAGCCUUUCUCAAGAACAAGGCCGAAGAAGACACACCAGCCAUAUCGUGGGUGCCACGACGAUGCGACUGCCUGGUCACAAGCUUCGAUCCUGCAACGCUGCGCUCAGCAGGCAUCAGAAUGGUUGCCGAGAUUAUGGCACACGGUUAUACAGCCGAGCUAUCCAUCGAUGCACAUUCGGUCGAAGACGUGCUUCGACACUACCGCGACGACCGCCACAGUUGGAUCAUUGUCAUCAAGCAUGGUGUGGCUCCCGACAAGCCAGACCUCAAGGUUAAGAGCAUUACAAAGAAAGAAGACACAGACCUUCGGAGUGCAGAUCUGCUCAACUAUCUACGCAAUGAGUGGCGAGAUCGUGAGGCACGCGAAGGCAACGUCGCUCAACGAAGAUGGGUCCCUGCGGGCCAACAUACAUCUUCCUCUUCAUCCUCAUCAACAACAACCAAAUCCAACGUCGAUGUCUUGAUAUCUCAUCACCGGUCAAAGAAGACCAACAAAUGGUCCAUUGUUGAAGCAGCGCAGACACGGUCGCUCGACCUCCUCACUACAUUUCACUCGGCGCCUAUAGCCGCCAUCGAAGCCAAGGAUGAGGUCAUGAACUCCAUCCGGGAAACGAGACUGAGCGAUCCGGAUAGCUGGCGUCGAGCCAUUCAGAGCCUACCCAUGGCCGAGCGCAAAUAUCUCCAGGAACUGCACGAUCUCUUGCUAGGCUAUGCGACGAACUGGAAGAAAGUGGUCAAGGAAGGGUCGGCCAAGAGUGGAGAAGGGGGUGGGAAGGCUUUUGUCUACAAUUUCAGGACAGGUGGAUGUUUAUUAUACGAUCUGGAAGGGUGAGAAGCGUUGGAAUAUGGGUCACGAACGUUUUGUAGUUUGUGAGCAGACGCCAUCGAGAAAAGCAUAUGAUGUAUGAGAAACGGCAGUUUCCAAUUUAACGCGAAUGACAUGAACUGAUGAGCACAACUUCCUUUUCUCGGUGACGUAAGUGCUCUUUGCGAGCUAAUACUAAUAAAGCACCUUCUCACAUUCUUUUCUCAAUCACUUCUUGCAAUCCUCGGGGAUCGUGGGCUCCUCUCAACAUCAAGCUGUGAACGAACGAAGAAGGAUCCGAAAAGACAUAACAUUUGAUCAAGAAUUCGCAUGCAUUACAAAGCCAAAGAUGUCUUAUCAAAUCAAGUAGGUCUAUGAGUUGCUGCCCAUUUCUCAAUUCCGAAACUUUCAGUCAGGCCUCUCAGUGCCCGCCAAAAUUGAUACGUGUACAUAUAUCAGCGGCACUGCUAAAACAAAAGGCAUUUGAUCAAUCCUACUAAACUGGGGGGAAAAUACAACAACAGCAAAGAAACCACAGAUAUCACAGAAGCUAACAAUGCAUACUGAUUG